AUGCGGGGUCUCCAAAUUUCUGCCGCCGUGCUUCAUCUGGGGUUGUUGUUGUCGCCUGUUCUCGCGGCAGUGACAAGCUCAGGUCCGAAAAUUUGCACCGUCAAGGCAAAUGGAAAUAAAAAAGACGAUGUUCCUAAUAUCCUCAAAGCCUUCCAUAAAUGUGGACAUGGGGGCAAGGUUGUAUUCCCCGAGGAUCAGUCUUACUGGAUUGCGACUCGGUUGAACCCCGUCCUGAAAAAUGUGGAGAUUGAAUGGCGAGGAGAAUGGACCUUUUCUGAUGACCUUGAUUAUUGGAGAAAUAAUUCCUAUCCCGUCGCGUUCCAGAAUCACGCCGCAGGGUUCAUCAUUUCCGGGAAUAAUAUCAAAAUCAACGGACAUGGGACCGGGGGUAUUGACGGCAAUGGAAAUGCUUGGUAUACCGCCGAGGCUGGUAAUACUCAGCCAGGAAGGCCGAUGCCCUUUGUAUUUUGGAAUGCGUCCGAAGUGAGUGUGGACAACUUCCACAUCAAGAACCCGCAACUAUGGAGCUUGAAUAUCAUGAACGGCAAGAACAUGCGCUUCAACAAUAUCUACGUCAAUGCAACCGCCGUCGAUGCGCCAUACGGUGAUAACUGGGUGCAGAACACCGAUGGUUUUGAUACGAUGGAUGUAGAUAACGUCGAGCUCACCAACCUAAUCUACCAAGGCGGAGAUGACUGCAUCGCGAUCAAGCCACGCUCCUACAAUGUCAACAUUCGAAACGUUACUUGUCGUGGCGGAAACGGUAUAGCUAUCGGCAGUCUGGGACAAUAUCUGGAAGACUCGAGUGUUGAAAACAUUACCAUCGACGAGGUCAAGAUCAUCCGAUACAACGAGGACAUGCACAACUCUGCAUACAUAAAGACCUGGAUGGGAGGUCUCACGCCGCAGAGCUCGUACGAAAGCGCAGGGCUUCCGCGUGGGGGAGGCUGGGGAAGUAUAAAGAAUGUGGUUUUCUCCAACUUUGAGAUCAACGGGGCAAAUGCUGGACCAUCGAUCACCCAGGAUAAUGGAAACAAUGGGUCGUACAGUGGUACGAGUAAGAUGAGCAUUUCAGAUGUCUCUUUCGUCAACUUUACUGGGACCAUUCAAACCAGUUCAACUAAGAUUGCUUCGGUGUCGUGUUCGAACGUUCAUCCGUGCUACGAUAUUGACUUUGAGAAUGUUGUGCUUUAUCCAAUCAACUCAACGACGCCAGGAGUCGGGUCAUGCAAGUAUACGGCAGAGGGCGGAGUUGAAGGCCUUGAAGGCUGCUGA